AUUGAUGGAGGGGUCCUCUGUGCUUCUCUGCAAGGGGUCUACCCCCUGGCAGGGGCUUCUGCUUACAGCCUCCUUUUUAACCUUCUGGCACCUGUCUACCACUGCCCACGUGACCACUGAAUUAAUGCCAUCUCAAGUGGCAGAAGGAGAAAACGUCCUCUUUCUUGUUCAUGAUCUUCCUGAAAAUCUUACAGUCUUUGCCUGGUUCAAAGGGCUAAGAAGCAUGAAACAUGGAAUUGCAAUGUACUUACUGCGCCACAAUUUAAGUGGACCAGGGCCUGUGUACAGCAGUAGAGAGACCAUAUAUCGCAACGGAUCUCUGCUGCUGGAAAAGGUCACCCAGAAGGACACAGGAUUCUAUACCCUACGCACCUACAACAGACGUGCAAAAAUCAUAUCAACCACGUCUAUAUACCUUCAUGUGCAUGCUUUCCUUUGGAACUGUGGGCGGUUUGCCACCCCCGGUCAGCCAACUAUUGAAUCAGUGCCACCUACCAUUGCUGAAGGAGGAAGUGUCCUUCUACUUGUUCGCAACCCCCCAGAGAAUAUUAUAGCCUUCGCCUGGUUCAAAGGAAUGACUGUGAUAAAAACCCAGGAGAUUGCCCGGUAUAUAACAGAUAAGAAAUCACCUGUGACAGGGUCUGCGUACAGCGGCAGAGAGACGAUGUACCAGGAUGGAUCCCUGCUGCUUCACGGGGUCACUCAGAAAGACCCUGGGCUGUACACGCUACGAAUUCUGAGGACAGAUAUGACAAGUGAGAUGGCUCACGUGCAACUCCAGCUGGACACCUCUCUUUCUCUGUGUUGUAAUCCUCUCACUUCUUCCCAACUCAUGAUCCAACCAGUGCCCCAGUAUGUUGCUAAAGGGGAAAACGUUCUUCUACAAGUUCAUAAUCUUCCAGAAGAUCUGCAAGCCUUUUCCUGGUACAAAUCGAUAUAUAGGGGCCAGGUUCUUAAAAUUGUAGAAUACAGCAAUAUUAUACAUUUCAUCUCCUGGGAGCCUGAAUACAGAAAUAGAGGGACGGUGUACAAUAACGGAUCCCUGCUGCUCGAGAACGUCACGAAGAAGGAUGCAGGAAUGUAUGCACUAGCAGUUUUAAACAAAGAUUUCAAAAUAGAAGAGGCGUAUGUGAAGUUUUAUGUGAACAAGUAUGUGACACGGCCCUUAGUGCGAAUCACCGAUACCACAGUUGCAGGACGUAGGUCUGUGGUCUUCACCUGCGCUUCACCUGAUACUGACAUCUCCAUCCGUUGGAUCUUCAAUAACAAGACUCUGCAGCUCACAGAGAGGACAGUUCUGUCCCCAACAAAGUGUGGACUCAAAAUAGAUCCUGUGAAGAGAGGAGAUGCUGGAGAGUACAAGUGUGAGGUCUCCAACCAGUUCAGUAUGAAGACCAGCCUUCCAGUCAGCCUGGCUAUGAUGAACGAGUGA